ACGGCAACAGUGUAGUGGACUUCGACGGGAAUGUUUACAAUUUAUCAUCCGUCAUCCGUCGUAGAAAACAAGUAUGAGAAAGAGAUAAAUGUCAUGAUAGUGCUGUGCGCAAAAUAUUAUAUUUACGUAUAAUCUAACUUUUUCAAGUUGUAUUGUCAUAGUCCACCUUCUGCACCAGUGAGUGUAAAGGCAGACUACAGUGAUUACUUACGUAUUGAAUAAACUUUCGUUAUAUUUAUAACAUCAAUCAAACCAUCAUACCAAAAACAACAUGAAGUCCGUAGCGGUAUUCGUAUUUUUGGCCUGCUUCGCAGGUUUACAGGCUGUCCAGCUGAAAUGUGCCCACCAAGAACUGGAUAUCCCAAAAGAUUGGAUCGACAUGAACAACGUUUGUGUGAAAAAGAUGAGAGGCCAAGUUGAAGAGGAACUUAAAGCUUCCAUGCAAUACAUGGCCAUGGGUGCAUAUUUCGCAAGAGACACAGUGAACAGACCCGGUUUUGCUGAUUUAUUUUUCAAAUCAGCUAGUGAAGAAAGGGAACAUGCCAUCAAAUUGAUCCAUUAUUUGCUCAUGAGAGGAGAACUUACUUCUAGCAUCAGUGAUCUCAUCAAAAGAAAUCUUGCACCUGCUCAAACCACAUGGGAAAACGGUGUGAGUGCCCUCAAACACGCCCUUAAACUGGAAGCUUCAGUUACCAGAAAGAUCAGAGAUGUGAUCCAAGUUUGCGAAGACGGCUCAAACUUCAACGAUUACCAUCUUGUUGAUUACCUGACUGGCGACUUCUUGGAAGAACAAUACCAUGGACAACGGGACUUAGCUGGAAAAGUCUCCAAUUUACAAAAGAUGAUGGGAGAACACGGAGCCCUUGGCGAAUGGCUCUACGACAAGAAGCUCCAAGGAGCCUCUUCAUAAUUUCAUUAGAGUUGUAAAUAUUUUUAGUGCAGUUUUUGAUUUGACGUCCGUGAAACUGUGUUACGUGAUAUAGUGAUAGUUCUUAUCAUUUUUUCUUUUUUGUAAAUUGUAAGAUGGUUCCAUUUAUGCAUUCGUUAUGUUCAUUUUGGAAAUUAUAACAGAAAUAAAGACAACUUUUAAUUAAAAAAGCUUAAA